GGAUACAUGCAAUGGUUCUAAGCGUGAAAAACGUUCGUAAGUCCCUUUUUUCAGUAACAUAAAUUUGAACGGUCACUAAAUGAAUUGUUGUAAGUCGAGGACUACCUGUAAUAUAAGUAUUAUAGAGUAUGGGCAUAAAAUGGAGGAGUGGGGAAUUGUUCCAGAUGGAAACAGCUGAUUUUUCAUUUCUUCCUGGAAGUUUCCCGCAAGGUUUCCAACAUGGGUUUAUUUUCUCAAACCAAAGGAAAACAGAUUUUUUUUUUAUACAUAAAGGCUACAUUCAACACUUCAGAGGAACUACUGUAAAAACCACACUGGGUGGUAUCAUAUGAUUGUGUUAGACAUAGUACAACUUGCGAACAUCUCCGAGAUAAAUUUUGCAUCAUGUUCCAGCUGCAUCUUUGAACAAUCAGCCUUUGCCUAAGAACAACAUUAGUAAGAUUGAUGACACCAAAGGCCCAGCAUGUUUAACCUUCUCUUCUAAGGAUGGCAGGUCCAGAAACUGACCAAAUGGAGAUGUACCACUUCAAACCGCGCAGAACAUCAGCUUUGGCUGUGUUGCUGCAUCAUUUUAGCAUUAUUUAGAAUGUGACUAGCGAACCUCCUUCUAGGAGCGGACCUCUUUCAUGGAUAAAAAUACUUAUAGGCUAAACAUUUCGCUUUCUCACAAAGAUUAUAUUUUCCAAACAGGGGGGCAAAGGCAGCCUCUUUAUGGAACAUCCUGGGUUCCUGUGGUUUUAGGAAUUCUGACCGCGCUGGUUACAGCAGUUGCCUUAGCCCUAAUUCUUCUACGGAAAAGAAGAAAAGAAACGCGGUUUGGUCAAGCCUUUGGCAGUGUGGUCGGAGGUGAUCCUAUAGUCCAUUUCAGAGCAGUGCGAUCAUUCAACCGAGAAGUCCCAGAGCUUAUUGAAGUAACAUUGGACAGUAUAGGAAUCAGUGAUGAAUUGAAGACCAAACUGAAAGAUGUCCUAAUUCAGGAGCAACAGUUUACUCUGGGAAGAAUGCUAGGCAAGGGGGAAUUUGGCUCCGUAAGGGAGGGUCAGUUGAAAAUGCCUGAUGGCUCUCUCCAGAAAGUUGCAGUGAAAAUGCUAAAAGCUGACAUCUUCACUUCCAACGACAUAGAGGAAUUCCUGAAAGAAGCUGCUUGCAUGAAGGAGUUUGACCAUCCACACAUUACUAAAUUAAUAGGGGUCAGUUUGCGUAAUCGGCCUAAAGGUCGCCUUCCAAUCCCAAUGGUUGUCCUGCCCUUCAUGAAGCAUGGAGACCUUCACUCUUUUCUACUAAUGUCCAGGAUUGGAGAAAACCCCUUUAAUUUGCCUCUGCAGACCCUCUUAAAGUUUAUGAUUCACAUUGCUAGUGGCAUGGAAUACCUGAGCUCGAAAAACUUUAUACAUAGGGAUCUAGCUGCUCGGAACUGCAUGCUGGAUGAAAACAUGAAUGUCUGUGUUGCUGAUUUUGGGCUUUCGAAGAAAAUCUAUAGUGGAGAUUAUUACCGUCAGGGCUCUGCCUCAAAGCUCCCAGUGAAGUGGCUUGCAUUGGAAAGCCUGGCGGACAAUCUCUACACAACCCAUAGUGAUGUGUGGGCAUUUGGUGUGACUAUGUGGGAAAUUGUGACCCGAGGGCAAACUCCGUAUGUGGGCAUUGAAAAUGCAGAAAUUUACAACUACCUCAUCAGUGGGAACAGACUGAAGCAGCCCCCAGAGUGCCUCGAAGAUAUCUACGAUCUCAUGUGCAGAUGUUGGCAUUUGGAACCCAAGCGACGUCCAAGCUUUGGAGCUCUGAAACUGCAGCUGGAAAUGAUUUUGGCAAGGCUGUCAUUGCUUUCAAACAGUCAGGACCCUCUUUAUGUCAAUGUUGGGAGAUCCCAAGAAGCUUGCAGCAGCGAAAUCACCAUGAAUUGUCCUUUUGGAGCCUUGAAUGGGGAAGCGGGAGCAAUUGCUGCUGUGACUAGUGACUACCGUUACAUCAUGAACCCGUCGUGCCUUGGAAACGAUGCAGAAAGUGAGAGGCGUCAGGAUUUAUAUGACGGAGAAGCCCAGAGCCUCCUUUACGAUCUAGAGAUGGGAGCAAAACUAUGUUAGCCCAAAUAACAACAACAACAAAAUAGACUUUACUUCUCCCUCCAAUAAGAUGUGUCUAUCUUAUUGUAUCAUCUUACGGUAUCACCAAACAGAGACGGUUGGAAGCUGCUUUUAACCAACAGAAGUUGUAGUAAUUAAUGUCAGCUGUGGCUUCUGACAGCUGUUUUGGAGCUAAUAUCUCAAAUUGAUAGAAUCACCUCCUGGCCUUCCAAGAGAAAUCCUGCAAUUGUCCGUGAAAUGCAGUGAGAGUGGCCUCUGAACAGCCUGCUGAGUCGCAGCAUUCUCCCUGGGAGUUGGGUUUAAGUACUCUGCAUAUUUGGGGGUGAAGGGUUUUGGGUGUUGGUGGGGUUUUUUUUUUGCCCCUAACAUAUGUAGGAGAAGAGGCAUGUGUCACAUACUCCGAACCACGGAUACUAUCUUUCAGAGCAUGAGAAACAAAGAGCCUAAUUUAGCAGUAGCUACCUCAGUGGUCCUCAAAUUGGGUUCUAUACAGCUGCUUCUCUACAAUGAAGAAACAAUGGGCUUCUUCUCAAGAGUGGUAUUUAGUUGGACAAGGAAAGCGCUCCUAGAAAGAUAAGGAGUUGAGCAAAA